AUGCGCUCGAUACACAAGAUCCAAGUGCGUUCGUACGCAAGCUCUGCCAAGGGCUAUACCCACUACUUUGCUGGCGCCCCCCUCAAUCGGCUCGCCUGGCUGCGCACCUCGCCUGGAUUCCUAAACGCCGUCGUGCGCUCCCCCGAGACGCGCUGGGUGCUCUUCAACGAGGGCAAGCCCCUACUCGCCACGCCCCCCACGGGCACCGCUGCGCUCGCCCGGCUGUCGACGCAGGACGUGCUUGCGCUGCUCGGGCCGGAGCCGUUCUUCUCUCAGGCACAGAACCCAGGCGAUGCCGCGCCCGCGGACGUGAAGGAGCUGCAGGCUGCGCGCAUGCACGGCCCGCCCGUUGUCUUCCUCGGCCUGCACGAGACCGUCGAGGGCGCACACGCGCUGCCGUCAACUGAGUUCAGCGCGCGUCAGGGCGCCGAGGCCGUCGUCGCGCGCAUCCAGGGCACGCCAUACUUCUCACUCGACGUCAGUGACGUCGCGCCCGCGAACGUUGACGCGGCGCUCCAGGGCUCGCAGCCCGGGCGCGACGGCGCGAAGCUCGAGUUCGUCGACGGGCGCGCGGCGAUGAGCCUUAUCGACCAGUUCGACAGCGGUGUCUUCUCGGUUGCGAGGACGCUCGUGGACUGGACGGCGAGAAACAAGUUCUGUGCAGGGUGUGGUUCGCCAGUAUACACGCUCUGGGCUGGGUGGAAGCACGGAUGUACGUCUCUGUUGCCAUGGGCUGCAAAGUCGGCUGAGAAGCCAUGCCCCACCUCGAAAGCUUUGAACAACUACAUGCACCCGCGAACGGACCCGGUGGUCAUCAUCCUGACUGUCAGCCCGGACAACAGCAAGAUCCUCCUCGGACGCAACCGCAACUGGCCGAAGAACUUCUACUCGGCGCUGGCUGGGUUCGUCGAGCCCGGCGAGUCCCACGAGGACACGGUUCAGCGCGAACUCUGGGAAGAGGCCGGCGUCAAAGUGCUCGGGAUGAAAUACUCCUCGACGCAGCCAUGGCCGUUCCCCGCGAACGUGAUGGCGGGCUACUACGCCGUCGCCGACCCUUCUGAACCGGUCCGCACCGACCUGGACAACGAGCUCGAAGACGCCCGGUGGUUCACUCGCGAGGAGGUCCUGUCCGUCCUCGCAAACGCCGACGGCGCCUCCGCGAAGCAGGCGCCGAAGUGGGACUCGGGCGUCGAAGAGAACGCGCCGGCGGCGGAGGACGCCGCCAAGACGAAGAACGAACCGCUGUUCAAGGGCCCGCCGGCGAAUGCCAUGGCCGGCGUGCUGAUCAGCCACUGGGCACACGGGAAAGUCGACGUGAGUUUGAGGCAGGACGGGGAUCUGCUGUGA